AUGAAAUCGUAUGUUGCUAUGGAGUUUCUUGUUCCCUUAGCCUCUUUUCUCGUUGCCAGUAUUAUUAUUCUAGUCUUUACGAAGGAUGCAGAAGGGAUUUACGAGAGAUUGAUUGCUGUUGAGCGCUUCACCCUCACACGUACCAUGACGGUCCUGCUCUUUGAAUCCUUGCUCUUUCUGAUAGUUCUUUCCAUAAGACACAUCCUUUUCCCUAGAACAACCAACAUGGAGCUUUUGCAGAUCUAUCAUGUAGUCCUCUUUUCUUACGUUACAACGUUUUUCAACAUUGUUAAAUGGGCGUCAUUUCAUAACUAUCUCAACAUUGGGGCUCUUAAGACACUGAGUAUGGCCGUAGUACUUUCACAUAUGCGAGUAGUUGUCGAAUUUUAUAGUUACCGCAUGAAUACUCUACUUUCAGAAAUAGACACCAACAACAACUUUAUUGCCGAAGAGGCUCAGGAGCACCACCGUCGCAAGCUAAGAAUUCUCAGAUGGGAGCUUCUACGACCGACCAUUGUCAUUCCGGUAGUUAUCUACUCUUCUCUACGCUUCUUUAAGGACCAUAGAGACGGUCCUAUGCCAUUUUAUUACCGCACGAGUCUAUUUGUUGCACUAAAACUCAUGAUUCAGUAUUUCAAGGUGCUUGCCGAAGGAGGACUGACCAUUUUUAACAACUCUGCUCAGAAUGGACGAAAGCCCGAGGUCAUUUACGCAAAGACUCUUGCAACGCUUUCUCUAGACUUGCUAGAGUUCGGCAUCAUUUUCGUAGUCACCCUCAACUCAGUAGCUCAUGCCUUCAAGGCAGACUCUAUUGCAGACCUGAUGAAGGGUACAGCACAUAACAAAGGCCAUCUGGGGCUACAAUCUCGCUACUUCUAUAUCUUCUUUGUGGAACUCUUCAGUCUUAAUGAGUCCUUUAUUCAUUGCUCCAAGAGCUGGAAGAGAAUGCAACGUGCACGCUUGAUUAUGAACAAGUUUAACAUAUUAGUGCAGCCCAGCUGCGAGGAGAUAUACGGACUUCCCCUCGACGUAGUAUCCACUAACCCAGACGCGCAUGAGAGCAUUGAGGCCUGCAGCAUAUGCAUGGGCAGCUUCACGCUAUUUGGUGAUGAGGGGAAAAACAAUCCGGUGAGGAAGCUUCCGUGCAACCAUCUUUACCACAAGGAUUGCAUUCAGAGUUGGAUUGUGAGCGGGAACACGCUUUGCCCCCUGUGUGGACGCGAUGUUUUCAAUCCUGCUCCCCAACAAGAGCCGCUGAGAAGCGAGCCAGGUGCACAAAAUGAGCAGCAAGAAGUUCCGGAAGCACCUACCCUUGCUGCAGAACCUGACGCUAUUGCAGGACAGAAAGAGGUUGACGCAAAUGCCACCCAGGCGCCUGUGUCUAUUGUAUCUAAAAACUCUGUUCGCGAUAUCUCUACGCACCCCAUCCUAUUCGAGAUGCCCGUUUUUUCUCUAGAGGAGAACGUGGAUUGGAACGCAUUAACUCUAGAUUCCAUACAGGAGAGUAUUAGUGAGUCAACAAGGAUUUACCUGGACAAACUAGACGCUUAUAUAAAAAUGCGCUCUCACGUCAGGGAACUGGGUCUAUUCAUCAACGUUGUUGGUGACAUUUAUAAGCCCUAUUCCUCUGUGACAACCGUAAGAGCAGAUACAGACUAA